ACCAGCCAUUGAACCCCGUGAUACGCCCCAUGGCAACGCAGCCACCCUCCAUCCACUAAGAUCCAUGUUUCAUUUCCAUAAAGGGUAGGUAGGAGCUAAGCCAUGCUGCAUUUCAGUCGAUUAUAUAGGCCAGACGUGGUUCUCGAGCAACAGCUCCGCCGUCGCCUACCUCGAGGUCAUGCCCGCUUCAUUGACGUUUCUUCGGACAUGGCUCCUUUUGGGGUCUGCAUUGGUGCCAUGGACGCAGUCGGCUCCGGUAAGAAGAGUGGAUGAAUGUCCUGGUUACACUGCGAGCAAUGUGCAGAACACGGACCGAGGCAUCACCGCGGAUUUAACGCUUGCCGGUGCUGAAUGUAACGUGUAUGGCACAGAUCUACACGACCUAAAGUUUGAGGCAUCUUAUCAGACAGAUUCUCGCCUUCAUGUCAUCAUAUACGACGAAGAUGAGCAGGUGUAUCAAGUACCAGACUUCGUGCUGCCACGACCUACAGGCUCGGUCACAUCCGACGAAUCACAAGUGGAGAUCACCAUCGAAGAGUCACCGUUCUCUUUCACAGUUACGCGGAAGUCCAACAAGGAAGUAAUCUUCACCACCAAAGGAUCUCAAAUCGUCUUUGAAGACCAAUACAUCCGUCUGCGUACAUCGCUCCCGGAGAAUCCCUACCUGUACGGCCUCGGUGAACACACCGAUCCUCUGAGACUGCCGACAUCAGACUACGUCCGCACGAUGUGGAACCGCGAUGCUGGUGGUGUUCCUCAGAAGUCCAACCUUUAUGGUCAGCAUCCUGUCUACUUUGAGCGUCGAAACGACUAUUCUCACGGCGUGUUCUUGCUCAAUUCGAAUGGAAUGGAUAUCCUGAUCAAUAAUGAUGAUGACCAGUAUCUCGAGUACAACACCGUUGGUGGAGUCAUCGACCUGUACUUUCUCGCCGGCCCUUCAGCGAUGGAUGUUGCUCGCGAGUAUAGCGAGAUCACCGGCAGAGCGCAGAUGAUGCCGUAUUGGGGCUUUGGCUUUCACCAGUGUAGGUUUGGGUACAAGAGCGCGGACGAAGUCGCGGCUGUGAUCGCGAACUACAGUGCUGCCAAUAUCCCACUUGAGACCAUGUGGACCGAUAUCGACUAUAUGGAUAGCCACAAGGUAUUUACACUGGGCGAAAGCUUCCCACUCGACAAGAUGCGUAGUCUCGUUUCAAAUCUGCACGCCAACGAUCAGCAUUACAUUGUUAUGGUAGAUCCAGCAGUAGCAUACCAAGACUAUGAUGCCUUCAACAAGGGUAAAGAAGCCGACAUAUUCCUGAAAAAUAGCAGUGGAUCGAUCUACCAGGGAGUCGUAUGGCCGGGUGUUACCGCAUUCCCAGACUGGUUUCAUGAGAAGACGCAAGAUUAUUGGAACAACGAAUUCGCCACUUUCUUCGACGCUGAUAGAGGUGUGGACAUCGACGCACUGUGGAUCGAUAUGAACGAGCCGAGCAACUUCUGCGAGUGGCCCUGCGAUAAUCCCGGAGCCUCCGCGAAGAGAAGCGUCGAGGUGCGACAGGACAGCGGCUCGAAGAAGGGUCUUCCCAACAGGAAUCUCCUAGAUCCGAAGUAUCAAAUCCACAACGAGUUUGGCGUGCUAAGCAACAAGACCGCUCGAACCGACAUUGUUCACCAAGGCGGUUGGGCAGAGUAUGACACACACAACCUCUACGGCACUAUGAUGAGCAAGACAAGUCAAAAAGCGAUGCUUGAGCGCCGUCCCGGUCUCCGGCCGAUGGUCAUCACGCGCUCUACCUACCCAGGUGCUGGCACUUACGUGGGGCACUGGCUGGGCGACAAUAUCUCGGCAUGGGAUCAGUACAUCAUCUCCAUCCGUCACCUUUUGCAAUUCGUUUCUAUCUUCCAGAUUCCGAUGGCCGGCGCAGAUGUUUGCGGCUUCCUUUCGGACACAACAGAAAGCCUAUGUGCCCGCUGGACAACACUCGGCGCGUUCUACCCGUUCUACCGGAACCACAAUGUAGAUGGAGCGAUAUCGCAGGAGGCAUACCGCUGGGAUAGCGUGGCCGCCGCAGCCCGUAAAGCCAUCGACCUGCGUUACCGUCUUCUUGAUUAUAUAUACACCGCCAUGCACCUCCAAAGCACGGAUGGUACACCCAUGCUCGCCCCAGUCUGGAUGCACUAUUCGAACGACCCCGCGACCCUGACCAUCGACGCGCAAUUCUUUUUCGGACCCGCGCUACUCGUAUCUCCUGUGACCGACAAAGACUCCGACUCCGUGUCCUUUUACCUCCCCAAUGACAUCUUCUGGGACUUCCACACGCUGAAACGCGUCACUCCCACCGCCACACAAACCACAUACUCCAACCUGAGCACUAGCGAUAUCCCAGUGCACAUCAAGUGCCGAAACAUCAUCCCCUUGCGUGUCGCUAGCGCAAACACGACUACCGCUCUACGUAAGCAAGACUUUGAACUUAUCAUUGCACCGAAUGGUGAGGAUAAGGCAUGGGGAAAGCUUUACUUGGACGAUGGUGUCAGUCUAGAGCAGGAGGCGGUCAGUGCAAUUGAUUUCAUGUAUGAUGGAGGAACGCUGAGGAUGGAUGGUACAUUUGGGUAUCAUGCGGGCGUGGGACUUAAGACGGUGACGGUGCUGGGAGAGGGCGACGCGGUGAAGUACGAGCUGAAUGAGAAGCUGAGUGGGGCGUGGGAGCACAGUUUGAAAGAUUUGAGGAAGAGUAGCUAGCUUUGCGGAUCGACUACAGGAAGCAAGAGCUUCCGUUUUCGUGUUUAGGAGAUUGAUAGACUAUACUUCUAGAUGAAUUGUUACUUCAUGGGGC